AUGGAGGAGGUUCUGGAGGAUGGGGCCGGAGGGUCUUGGAGGGGUAGGGAGGAGGUCUGGGGAGGAGCUGCAGGAGGGUCUGGAUUUGGGAGGCAGGAGGAGGAUCUGGAGGGAGGUUCUCGGAGGUGGGUAGGAGGAGGAUCUGGAGGAGGUUCUGGGAGGGGGGAGGUAGGAGGAGGUGGUCUGGAGGGGACAGGAGGAUUCUGGAGAGCUGGCAGUGGAGGGUCUGGAGGGGUAGGAGGAGGAUCUGGAGGAGCUGCAGGAGGGUCUGGAGGGGUAGGAGGAGGAUCUGGAGGAGGUGGAGCAGGGUCUGGAGGUGCAGGAGGUUCUGGGGGAGCUGGGGCAGGACCUGGAGGAGCUGCAGGAGGGUCUGGAGCGGCAGGAGGAGGAUCUGGAGGGAGUGGAGGUAGUGCUGGAGGAAGUGGAGGGGCUGGAGGAACUGGAGGAGCUGCAGGAGGGUCUGGAGGAGCAGGAGGCGGUUCAGGAGGAGCUGCAGGGGGGCCUGGAGGGGCAGGAGGUUCUGGAGGAACAGGGAUAGGGUCUGGAGGGGCAGGAGCAGGGUCUGGAGGAGCUGCAGGAGGGUCUGGAGCGGCAGGAGGAGGAUCGGGAGGGAGUGGAGGUAGCGCUGGAGGAAGCGGAGGAUCUGGGGGAACUGGAAGUGGUUCUGGAGGAACAGGAGGUGGAGCUCUAGGAGGGUCUGGAGGAGCAGGAGGUUCUGGAGCAGCUGGAGGAGGGUCUGGAGGGGCAGGGGGAGGAUCUGGAGGGAGUGGAGGUAGUGCUGGAGGAAGUGGAGGGGCUGGAGGAAUUGGAAUUGGAUCUGGAGGAACUGGAGGAGGUUCUGCAGGAGCUGCAGGAGGGUCUGGAGGGGCAGGAGGAGGUUCUGGAGGGGCUGCAGGAGGGUCUGGUGGUUCUGGAGGCACUGGAAGCGGAUCUGGAGGAGCUAUCGGUUCUGGAGGAAGUGGAGGAGGAACUGGAGGAAUUGCAGGGGAUUUAGGAGGAAACGGGGGAGUGUCUGGAGGAACUGGAGCAGGGUCUGGAGGCUCUGGAGGAGGGAGUGGGUCAUCCGGAGGUGGAGGUACAGGUGGAAGUGGCUCCUCAGGAGGAUCUGCAGGGUCAGGAGGUUCAGGAAUCUCAGGAGGCAGUGGAUCAGGAAUCUCAGGAGGGUCUGGAGGAUCAGGAGGAUCUGGUGGAUCUGCUGGAUCAGGUGGCAGCGCAUCAGGAGGUUCAGGAGGAUCAGGGUCAAUUGGAGGAUCAGGAGGAGUGCAUCGGGAGGAAGUCAGGAGGAUCUUUGGAUCAUCUGGAGGAUCAGGCGGAAGGUGCAUCAGGAAUUUCAGGUGGAUCAUUUGGAUCAAUCUAGGAGGAUCAGGAAGGAGUGCAGAGGGGCAGUUACUCAGGUCGGAUCAGGAUCAUCUGGAGGAUCAGGAGGAAGUGCAUCAGGAAUUUCAGGUGGAUCAGGAUCAUCUGGAGGAUCAGGAGGAAGUAUAUCAGGAAUUUCAGGAGGAUCAGGAUCAUAGGAGAUAG